UAUACCCCCGUAUGUGGGGAUUUAAAGUGUCAAAUCAACAGAGCUACAACUACGUCCGCAGGGUUAUGGCACCGAGUACAAGCUAGCUAAAUAAAAACCCCAAAUCCAGUCCUCAGAAUGACUCCGACGGUGAAAAGGUCAUCUUCUCAGAACGGCUUCAGAGAAGAUGAUACAGCCUGCCAGAAUGGCUUGGAGACGGAGGAAGAACCUCUGCUCCGAGAGAACCCAAGGCGGUUUGUCAUUUUUCCCAUCCAGUACCGAGACAUCUGGAAGAUGUACAAACAGGCCCAGGCCUCUUUCUGGACCGUGGAGGAGGUCGAUCUAUCCAAAGACUUGGCACACUGGGACCGUUUGAAGGCAGAGGAAAAACACUUCAUCUCCCACGUCUUAGCCUUCUUUGCUGCCAGCGACGGUAUCGUCAAUGAGAACCUGGUGCAGAGGUUCAGCCAGGAGGUGCAGGUCCCUGAAGCGCGAUCCUUCUACAGCUUUCAGAUCCUCAUAGAGACUGUCCACUCAGAGAUGUACAGUAUGCUCAUCAACACUUACAUUAGGGACCUGAAGGAGAGGGACUAUUUGUUUAAUGCCAUUCAGACCAUGCCUUGUGUGAAACAGAAGGCAGACUGGGCCCUCCAGUGGAUAAACGACAGCAAAUCCACAUUUGGGGAGCGGAUUGUGGCUUUUGCAGCUGUGGAAGGCAUCUUCUUCUCUGGUUCAUUUGCUGCUAUCUACUGGCUGAAGAAGAGGGGGCUAAUGCCUGGCCUUAGCUACUCCAACGAGCUCAUUAGCAGGGACGAGGGUCUGCAUUGUAACUUUGCCUGCCUGCUGUACAGCUACCUGGUGAAAAAGCCAUCAGAGGACAGAGUCAGAGACAUCAUCACCAAAGCUGUUAGCAUCGAACAGGAGUUUCUCACAGAGGCACUGCCAGUAGAUCUCAUAGGAAUCAACAGUUGCCUCAUGAAGCAGUACAUCGAGUUUGUGGCUGACCGGCUUCUCACUGAUCUCGGACUGACCAAGGUUUACCAAGCUGAAAAUCCCUUUGACUUCAUGGAGUCUAUCUCACUUGAGGGGAAAACCAACUUCUUUGAGAAACGCGUGGCGGAGUAUCAAAGAUUCGGAGUCAUGUCGAGCAUGAUGGACGGUGAAUUCACACUAGACGCAGACUUCUAAAAACUGACAUGGCAUGUUACUGUAAAUUUGUUACAUUCGGUCAACCUAUUUAUUUAUUUUCAUACAGUUAUUAUACAACAGAGGUUUUCAAGUCUUACUGUAAUACUGAUACAGUGCUACGAAGUGAAGGCUGUACUCUUUUUUUGUUGUUAUUGUUUUUUGGGAUUUUUGUUUUGUUUUGUAUUAGAGAUGGAGAAUUAUUUAGCAACCAGUACAGUUUAUAAGUAGAAUGGGUGAGCAUCAACAUUUUGCCAUCAUGACAAAAUAAUGAGGGAGGUGACAUAAAUAGUAUUUCUUUCCUCACUGAGCAUUUUGGAUAAUAAAAACACAGAAUAUAUUUUUAAUUUUCUGCUUCGUGUUGCUUGUUUCUAUGGCAAAUUGCUUUAAUAUUUUCUAACUUUUAGAAUACAAUAAAAAAUGUUUUGACAAA